AAUGCCUGCAAAUGUCGCUGCAUCGUCGCUCUGUGUUCGUGUCGCCGAUUGAUUGAUUCAUCUAUUCAAUCUGUUUCUAGAUUAAUCCACCAUUAUCUUUCCUUCCUCGCCUGGUACCACCCCUCUCUGUGUCAUUCUGUCGUCGUGUCGUGGCCCCCUUACAGCACUACUACAAAAGAAGCCAGGCAGUCCCAUCUCAAAAUGGCGACGACCGAGAAUUUCGACAUUGUCAUCGUCGGCGCCGGGCCCGUUGGCCUCAUGCUCUCCACCUGCCUGGCAAGAUGGGGUUACAAGAUCAAACACAUCGACAACCGUGCUGAACCUACAGCCACCGGCCGCGCCGAUGGCAUUCAGCCGCGUUCCCUCGACUUGCUCCGGAAUAUGGGCCUCAAACGGAAGAUCAUGGCUCACGAUCCCGCAAAAGUCUAUGAAGUUGCUUUCUGGGAUCCCAAUUCAAAGGGCAUCCAUAGGACUGGGACUUGGGCCAGCUGCCCCAAAUUCAUCGAUACAAGAUAUCCAUUCACCACACUCUUGCAUCAGGGGUUAAUCGAACGCGUUUUUAUCGAGGACAUCGAAAAAUACGGAACCAGUGUACAAAGACCAUGGACGAUUACUGCGUUCAAGAACGAUGGAGCUGAUGCCCAAUAUCCCGUCAAAGUCGACUUGGCGCAUGUGGACGGCACGGCUUCGGAGACUGUCAGGGCCAAGUAUCUAUUUAGUGGCGAGGGCGCAAGAAGUUUUGUGAGGGACCAUCUCGGUAUCAAGAUACGCUACAAAGAUCCCAUUUCACAUGUAUGGGGUGUGAUGGACGGUGUAGUUCGAACGAAUUUCCCGGAUAUCAAGAUGAAAUGCACAAUACAUUCCGAUGCUGGAUCUAUCAUGGUUAUUCCUCGCGAGAACAACAUGGUCCGCUUGUAUAUCCAAGUCGCUUCCUCAUCUGAUAAGGACUGGAACCCUCGCAAAACCGCUACAGCGGAAGAGGUCCAGCAGCACGCCAAGGAGAUACUGCGACCCUAUACCAUUUCCUGGGAUCGUGUAGAGUGGUUCUCGGUUUACCCAAUCGGACAAGGCAUCGCAGAGCAGUAUACUCUUGACGAGCGCGUAUUCUUGGGCGGUGACGCUUGCCACACCCAUUCCCCCAAAGCCGGGCAAGGCAUGAAUACCGCAUUUCUCGACGCUGUGAACCUGGCUUGGAAAAUUCAUCACGUAGAAUCCGGUUUCGCGCCACGAAGCAUCCUAUCCACCUACGAAUCAGAGCGCAAGCUGAUUGCUGAGAGCCUACUCGAUUUCGACGCGCGCUAUGCAAAACUCUUCUCCGCCCGUAUUCCAUCGGCUGGUGAAGUAGCAGGGGCUUCCAAUACAUCGCAUUCAGCAGAAGAGAAUGAGUUUGUUAAGACGUUUAAGGCAUCCUGCGAAUUCACUUCCGGCUAUGGUGUAGCGUACAACCCGAACACUAUCAAUUGGGGUCCUUCGCAUCCAGCUCAACAUCCGCUCAUUGUAUCCUAUCAAAAAGGCACUUCGCUUCGCACCGGCCGCACGUUCCACCCAGCCACUGUGACAAGGGCUGUGGAUGCCAACGUGGUACACCUGGAGCAGCAGAUCCCGCUCAACGGAUCUUAUAGAGUUUACAUCUUUGGCGGUCUACCUAGCAAGACAUCGAGAGCACUCCACGAUCUCUCCACACAUCUUUCUAAUCCAUCGUCCUUUUACAGCGUCUUCACGCAUCGUGACAACGACAAAGAUCGGUAUCACGAACGUCAUAACCCACACACAACCUUCCUCACUGUCUGCACCAUAUUGAACGCACCCCGCGCGCAGAUCGACAUCGAUGCUAUGCUCCCGGCUGUUUUCGCAAGAUACAGGGAUCAUGUCUACGCGGACGAUGUUUGGGAUCAGCGCGUUCCGGAUGCAAAAGCGUCGGCGCACGCGAAAAUGGGACUUGAUGAGGACGCGGGCGGUGUUGUCGUGGUGAGGCCAGACGGAUACGUCGGUGUAGUCGUGCGACUCGAGGAAGGCAAGGGAACGACAGAGGCUUUGAAUGGAUACUUCAGCGUCGUCACUGGUAAGAGACUGGGAGAGGAGAGAGCCAUAUUGUGA